AUGUCAAACAAAGACAAUUCAACAACUCCAUCAUCGAUCAAUAGGACACCCUCCAAGAGGAGGUCGGCAGCGUCAGCAGCCAAUGCAAUAUUGUCUCUCAAUCAAUCACCGGCUCCUUCGCCAUCUUCAAAGACGAUGACGUUUCAGCCACCGUCGUCGUCGACUGGCACACAACCAUUUAGCCCUCGGACAUCAUCCAAUACGAUAAUAGGAUCGGCAUCAUCACCAGCCGCACCACUCGAUGAACGAGAGCAUCCAUUACUCGGUCCAAUGUGGACCCUACAUGAAGUAACUGAUUUUUGGCAUAUUGUCAAAAAACAAAAGCCAAGUGAUUGGAAUAGUGUAAUCAAGAAAUUCCCAAAUAGAACAUGCGACAUGUUGGAAUCAAUGUACAAUCUAACAAGCUCCAUCAUUCCUGAAUGUAGGGGACCUGAUAAUUUUCAAUUCAUGGUCAAAGGAAUAUUUCUAAGUGGAGCAACAACUGGUUCUUCUUCGAACCAACCUCCACCAUCAUCAAAUACAAAUGGUGGUGGUGGUGGUGGUGGAAUAACACGAUCAGUUUCUAAAACGAGAAGAGGACAACAAAAUCUUCAACAACAGUCCUCAUAUACACAACCUCCACUACCAACAUUCAACGAAGAUAUUGUAAAUAGCACAACCGAAUCAUCACAACCACCACCACCAUCACAUAGUACUAGACCAACCACGAAAUCAAAAGCAAGAAGAUUAUUUACCGAUCCACCAGCAUCAUCGAUAAACCAACCCGAUACAUCUACAUCUACUACCACUACUACUACAAGUACACCACAAAGUUUAACAAAAAAGAGAAAAGCAAAAGAAAUGCAAGCAUCACCAUUACCAUCACCAUCAUUAUCACCACCAUUAUCAUCAUCACCAUCUUCACUACCUGCUAAAUUAAGAAGCAAGUCUAAAUAUUCAUCACCAACAUCUGAUACUAUAUCGGGUGCUAAUAGCCACCCAAGUCCCUCUUCACCACGACCAACAUUUGUGCCUACACAACAAACACAACUAUCGAUUCAAAAACGACUGACUAACUUUUUAACCAGUCAUCCCAAAGCAAGCAAUCCUCCAACUGACCCAAGUUGUACAUUGUCGCCACACCAAAAUCUACGGCUAUCUGGCAAGUGGGCACUUUGCGAAUGGUUUUAUAGUGAUAUCGAUGCACCUUUUUUCUUUUACAAUGAAUUUCAAAUGUGGCUCAAUCAAAAUGGAAUUGGUUCAAUUAAAAAACUAUCUCGGAUGGAAUGGAAUCAAGUUCGAUCAAGAAUGAAGAAACCAAGAAGACUUUCACAACGUUUUUUUGAAGAGGCAAGGGAAAAAUUAUAUCAAACUAGGGAUAAAAUAAGACAAUCAAUGUUGACAAAUGAUUUAUUUAAAUUUAUUCAAAUUGAACCAGAUUCAAAAGUAUUAUAUAUAAAAGAUAACUCAUUAUUAUCUGGAAUUAUUAUUUCAUAUAUAGAACCAUCACAAACUUAUACAAUUAAAAAUGAUGUUUCAAAUCAAAUUGAUUAUAUUUCUGAUAUUCAUGUUAUGUCAAUUGAUAAAAAUAUUAAAAGUAUAAUAGAAAAUAAUUUCUUGGCACAAUCAUCAAAUCAAACAUUACAGCAACCAAUAUUAAAUCAUCAUAAUCAUAAUAAUAAUAAUAAUAAUGAUAUGAAUGGUGGUGGAGAUUAUAAUCAACAAUAUAGUCAAACAAUGGAUGAUGGAACAAUGGUCGUUGGUGAUGAAGAUAUGAAUGGAAUGCAACAAGGUGGUGGUGGUGGUGGACAGAUGAAUCUUAUUUUGGUAUUGGGCUUAAUUGUUGUAUUGGAAAAAAAGGAAGCAUUGAUUGGACAAAUUGAAAGAAUGAAUGAUCAAGCACAAGACUCUUUUAUGGUUGGUGAUUAUCCUCAAUCAUUCCGUCGAGAAUAUUCCAAAAAUGAUAUGAAUUUAAAUCAUAAUUAUCCACAACAAAUUGCAACGAUACAACAAGCACAUCAAUUUUCAGUUGAUUCUCUUAUGACUUUGGCAAAGGAUAAAUCCAAGGAAUAUGUUGAUCAGGUUGCAUUGUCAUCGAUGGAUCUCAAAGAGAACCAUGUCAACUUUCACGACAUACAUUCCAAUGUCAAAGACACUAUCUAUGGUAGUGUAAUCCUGAUGACAUUACUCAAACAAUCAUGUACAAAUUCAAAUCUAUCAUCACAAGACAUAUCAACACUAUUAGAUAUUUCACUACAAUAUAUCAAACCAAAAGCAACCGAAAAUUUAGAGAUAUUUAAUCAAAUUCAAGAAUCGAUACAAAUACUUAAACAAAAAAUAUUGAUCGAUCAACAAUCUCGAUUGUCGGCUGCUGCCGCCGACUCCUCUGCACCUACUACCCUCUCUCUUAUGGAUACUAAUGAAUAA